AUGAUCUUCGUUUCGGCUGUGCCUGUUUGCAUGGUUCAGAUGCCAGCAGGCGUGGCAGGUGCGGAGCUGGACGCGCCCGAGCAGGUCGGAGCGCUGAGUUAUCAUCAGGUCAAGAUGUCGUGCAAGUCACUGGGCCUACAAAUCACUGGCCCCUACUGGAUCUUUGAAGAGAUCGCUGGAAUCCUCUGGGAGGAGGUCGGUGCCAUCAGGAUGUUGCUUUGGGGGGAGGAGGAACUGCUCCACUCCGAGCACUGGAGCAUGGACCAAAGAAAGUCGAUGGCGAUCGCGCUUCGCGAUUGGGCCAUCACCGCCUUGUGGAGCAUCUGGAUCUGCGCCGUGGACGAGCGCUUGGCUUGCGGCGCCCGUGCGGUGCGCUUCACUGGUCUCCUGGAAAGGUUCAUUUUCUACGACCGUGAUUCGAAGGCGUCCAACGCGCAGAGCAGCCGUUUGUUGGGCGGACUGACCAAAGCCCUGAGGAAGCUGGUAGAAGGGCAGAUCCCCUAUGUGAAUCCUCUUCUCCAGGGCUACUUUGAUCGUUUUCUGCAGAUGCAGGACAACGCGGCCUUCCGCAAGGCCAAGCUGAUCCAACACGUGAUGCGGCUGCGUUGGAGUCAUGAGAAGCAGCAGGUCCUUCACACCUUGUCAGACUGGAGUACCCGAGUCCUUUUGAUGAGGCGGAGGAUCGACUUUCUUUCCAACGAGUUCGAUCUCGUGAAGGAAGCCCUUCAGCACUCCAUGCCGAAGGCCGCCGUUGGACGCAUUUGGAAUCAUCUCAAGCCGAAUGUCUUUCGCUAUUUGAGCAACCUCAAGGAGCUCACAGCUAGGAAGCAAGACGCAACUGAUGCAUCAACCGCCUCUUCGAGCGCCGAAGACGCCACCCAGGCCCCUGGAGGUUCGCCAGCCGCACCUCCAGCCCGACGCUGGGCGGACUUCACGGACAGCGAAGGUCCGUGCACGGCACACCGCCACACGCGUCCGAAGUCACGAUCGGAUGCUCACCUGCCAGAGUUUGAGAAUCACUGA